CUUCCUAUAGGGACUGAAAACCAAGUGAGGAGAUGAAGGACUGCACUGUAUUUACAACAGAUAAUGCAUAAAAGAUCGACACCGCAGAUAGAUCCUGACCACAACCCAAGAAAUAACUACACAACUGUGGGAAUACAUCCAGUCCCUUGACAGCACUGCUCAACACAGAAGAGCAUGAAUGGGCUCCAAGUACAGUGACAGCUUCAGUCAUUCAAGCCUCAUGAACCACUAACUUAUUCCUACAAAUGAAGGACUGCUCAAAUGUGAAUUUUUCUAAGAGGACUCCACAGUCCCAUAAGUUUUCAUAACAUGCAGGCUUCAAUUCUGAAGAGGCAUCUGGCAUUGAAACAGUUGAGUAUGUGACGAGGACUUCACACAGUCACCAACAAUCCUGAGACACAAAUGUAUCUACAUUGAUAAAAAUGCUAUCAGGUGUGAGAUGUGUGAUGAGUCAUUUUUGAAAGUUAUUGACCCUCUGCAGAUACCAGCAUGUUCACAGAUGGGAGAAGUUAUUCAUGUGUGAGGUAUGUGACAAAUCAUUCUCGAAGUUAACAAACAGGAGAGAAUACAUUCAACGUGUAAGCUGCAUAACAGAUCAUCAAAGCUCCUGGUCCAUUAGGCAAUCCACACAGGAGACACUUGCAAAGCUCAUGAUGCACCACCAGAGGUUUCAUACAGGAGAACAACCCUCUGGAUGAGGUUUGUGUACUAGCCUUUGUCUAAUCCUCCAAUCUUCUGAUGCACCAGACAAUUCACACAAUGGAGGAACCCUUCAAAUGUGACGUGUGUGCCAAAUCAUUCUCACAGUCAGUGAACCUGCAUGUUCACAAACGCAUUCAUGCAGGGGAGAAGUCAUUCAUGUGCGGUGUGUGCGACAAAACCUUCACACAGUUAUCCAAUCUUCUGGUACAUCAGACAGUCCACACAGGGGAAAAACACUUCAAAAGUGAAGUGCGGGGUAAGAGAUUUGGACGAUUACCGGAUCUGGUUCAAUAUCAACAUAUUCACACUAUCCAGAAAUCAUUUGCAUGUGAAGUGUGCAUCAAGUCAUUCUUACCGUCGUGGAACCUCAGCACUCACCGACGCAUUCACACUGGAGAGAAACCAUUCACCUGCCCCAUGUGUGACAAAUCAUUUUCACAGUUAACAAACCUCCGUGUACACCAACAAAUUCACACAAGGGAGAAGUCAUUCACGUGCAAAGUGUGCAACAAAACCUUUACACAGUUAUCGCACCUCCGAGUUCAUUGGACAAUCCACACAGGGGAGAAACCAUUCAAAUGUGAGGUUUGUGAUAAAGCUUUUGCAACAUCUACAAGGUUGCUGACACACCAGAGGUUUCACACAGGGGAAAAGCCCUUCAAGUGUAAGGUUUGUGUGAUGGCUUUUGUUCAAUCGUCUGAUCUCCUGAUACAUGAAAGGAUUCACACAGGGGAGAAACCUUUUAAGUGUAUGGUGUGUUGUGAGGGCUUUGGAAGAUCAUCAGACCUGGCGAGGCACCAACGCACUCACACUGGUGAGAAACCAUUCAUGUGCGAGGUGUGCAAUAAAUCAUUCUCGCAAUCAUCAAGCCUCCGUGCUCACCAGCGCAUUCACACAGGGGAGAAACCCUUCAUCUGUGAGGUAUGUGAUAAAUCAUUUUCAAAGUUAACAAACCUCCAUAGACACCAACGAAUUCACACAGGGGAGAAACCCUUCAAAUGUGAGGUUUGUGACCUGGCCUUCACACAGUCAUCACACCUAAUACAAAUCAAACAAUCCACACAGGUGAGAAGCCUUUCAAGUGUGAGGUCUGUGACCGAGCAUUCACACAGUCAUCAAGCCUCCUGCGACAUCAGAUAAUCCACACAGGGGAGAAACUCCUCAAGUGAGUUGCAUAAUGAUGGAUUUGGACACUCAAUCAAACUUGUGAAAUCUGUGUUGUCUUUUGUUAAGUAAUCCACAUUCGCCAAAAUGACUGUUAAUUUUAUUCUGAAUUACUGUUUCUCAAAGUAUCCUCUUC